GGGCUUGGAUCCGACAACAAACCGUAUAAUUCGACCCAACAACUACCCCUCCAUUCCCUCCAUGAUUUCCCUCUUCCCAGUCUCAGUGUCCUCUCUUUUCGCUGCUAAUGGAGAAACUGAAGAGGGCGGUGAAAGAGAUCGCCUACGCCAGAGACCAAGCUAAGCUCUCCGGGUUUCAUCGCUCUCUUGGUCCUUUCCUCUCCUUCGCUUCUUCUCUGUACGGCGUCGUUCUAUCUCUCCGCCGCUCACUAUACUGCUCCGGCUUCUUCUCUAGGCACAGGUUGCCAGUGCCGGUGAUCAGUGUUGGGAACUUGACGUGGGGAGGAAAUGGAAAGACGCCAAUGGUUGAGUUCAUAGCUAAAUGUUUAGCUGAUUAUGGAAUUUCACCUCUCAUUUUAACAAGGGGUUAUGCUGGUGGAGAUGAAGCUAAAAUGCUGCAAAGGCAUCUACUCGGGGGACCUGUAAAAGUUGGCGUAGGUGCAAAUCGUAUGGCGACCGCCAACUUGUUCUUUGAAAAAUAUGGAUAUGUAGAUUGCCGUGGUAGUAAUCUCUUUGAGAGAACCUAUCUUGACCAGAAAGUGGGAAGUCAUAUCAGUUUAGAGAAAAUUGGUGCUGCUAUUCUGGAUGAUGGGAUGCAGCAUUGGAGCUUGUGUCGUGACCUAGAGAUUGUAAUGAUUAAUGGAUUAAUGCUAUGGGGAAACUGCAAACUACUUCCGCUUGGACCCUUGAGAGAACCUUUGACGGCACUCAAACGUGCAGAUGUUGCUGUAGUUCAUCAUGCUGACCUGGUAUUAGAGCAAAAGCUCAAAGAUAUCGAGUUAGUGAUUCAGGAAAUCAAGUCACUUCCUGUUUUCUACACCAGAAUGGCUCCAUCAUGUUUCUUUGAAGUGAGAAAUAUAAACACAAAGAUGCAUUUGGGAGCCGUGCAUAAUGCAGUUGUAUUAUGUGUUUCUGCAAUUGGUUCUUCAGAUGCUUUUGUGCAGGGGAUGGAAAAGAUGGGACCAAUAUAUGUUGAUCGAUUCGACUUCAGUGACCAUCACUCAUUUCAAACUAAGGAUAUUCAUAUGAUGAGAGAGCGACUUGGACAACUCGAAGACAAGUUUGGUUAUAAGCCAAUCGUUAUAGUUACAGAAAAGGAUUAUGAUCGAGACCCACAGAUUCUGAAACAUUUGCAUCCUUUCCAAGUUCUGGUGCUCUGUUCUGAAAUGCAGAUUAUAGCUCGUAAGGGAUGCAAUGAGCAUCACUUCAAGUUGUUAUUGAAGGAGCUACUGGAAGUGAAAUUGUCAGGCGCAGAUUGAAGUUCUGCUUUGAAGAGUCAUAGUUAGUUCUCAUCCUAUCCACAGGCAGAAGGUGCCUGAUGAGCGUUUAGCCAACACCUUAUUCAAAGAGUUUAGAUCAUAUUUGUGCUUUGCAGGAGCACAAGACAAGUGAGAUUCUGCUCACGAGUAUGUACUUGCGAUCCUGUGUUCAUAUUUAAAGUUUUUGGCCACACGUUGUAGGAAGUAGAGGGCCUGGAAAUUGUUAGGAUCGGGUUACAUGUACUUGUAACAUUUUGUAAUAUUCUGUUCAUUGUUCUUCAAUGUCCAAGGUUCUCGUCAGCAACUUUCUACUCUA